UUACGAAGAGGAGCACAAGCACCACUUCUCUGACUCAACUGCAACUUCGUUCAUUCCAUUUCAUCUCUACAAAACUAAAAUUCCUUGGUAGCUCAUUCUAUAAAUACCUCUCUUUGCUACUCCGUUUCACCACACCCACACUCAUAAUCUCUGCAUUUUUUAUAUAUCUUUUCCAAAAGCCAUAUCAUGGGUGUUUUAACUUUUGAGAAGGAAUUGGCUACUGCAAUCCCUCCGGCCAAGAUGUUCAAGGUCUUUGUCCUUGAAGGUGACACUGCCAUCCCUACCAUUUUGCCUGAGGUUGUUAAGAGUGUGGAGAUCAUUGAAGGAAAUGGAGGACCUGGCACCAUUAAGAAGACAACCUUUGCGGAAGGUACCCAACACAAGUAUAUUAAGACCAAGCUUGAAGCAGUGGACAAAGAUAGUUUCAAGCACAGCUACAGUGUGAUUGAAGGUGAGCCAUGGAUGGAUGCCAUAGACAAAAUUUCAUAUGAGACACAACUAGUGGCAUCUCCUGAUGGAGGAUCUAUUAUUAAGAGCAUCACCAAGUACUUCCCAAAGGGAAACAGUGAAAUCAAUGAAGAUGAAGUCAAGGCUGGAGCAGAGAAGGGCUUGGGAUUGUUUAAAACCGUGGAAGCCUACCUCUUGGCAAAUCCUCAUGCUUAUAACUAAAUAUCGUGUCUCAGAGUCAACAAGCGGCUAUCGCCGGCCUAUCCUCUUUUACCCUUUUUUUACUUUAAAGGUCAAACUACUUUCGGCCCGACAAUAAAAGUGUAGUGGUUAUAGUACAAUGUAAUGGACUGCAAUUAAGUUUUUGUUUCAAUCAAACCAUGGGAAUGAAAAGAAAUAAUUUAAAUCUUA